AUGUUCAGCCCAGAUGUCGUUGAGACCGGCAAAGGCGACUUGGACGUGAGCUUCAACUCCGCCGACGAUGCCUUCAACAACGACCAGAAGGACAUGUCCCGAUUGGGAAAACCUCAGCAAUUCAACAGAAACUUCCGCUUCCUAUCUACGCUCGGUUUCACCUGUACUCUGAUGGCAACAUGGGAAUCGAUCUUGCUCACAUCGACUCUUGCACUGGUGAACGGCGGCAAAGCUGGUAUGGUGUACAUGUACAUCGCCACAUUUGUUGGCUUCUUCUGCUCCGUCAUUUCAAUGGCUGAGAUUGCUUCGAUCUCUCCAACAUCUGGUGGCCAGUAUCAUUGGGUCUCCGAAUUCGCGAGUCCUAAAUAUCAGAAAUUCUUGAGUUAUAUCACAGGCUGGCUCUCUGUCCUAGGCUGGCAGGGCGGGUUCGCCAGUAUCUGCUUCCUUUGCGGUACUCUCAUCCAGGGCUUCCUAGCUUUGAACUACGGUGAAGCGUAUCACAAUGAAAGAUGGCACGGAACCCUCCUCACUUUUGCCAUUGCGUUGAUUGCUACGUUUGUCAACACUUACGCAGCUGGUCACCUACCUAGCUUGGAGGGAUUGAUUCUUAUCCUCCAUAUUUUCGGCUUCUUUGCUACCAUGAUCACUCUUUGGGUUAUGGGAGACAAGUCGCCCUCAAAAGAAGUGUUCACCGAGUUCACCAACUUUGGUGGCUGGUCCUCCGUUGGUCUUGCCGUCAUUGUAGGCCAGAUUACUCCCAUCUUCUCCUUCUUGGGUCCUGAUGGAGCUACCCAUAUUGCCGAGGAGAUUAAGGAUGCAUCCAAAGUUGUCCCCUGGUGCAUGGUCUUCACGGCCAUCAUCAACGGCAGUCUCGGUUUCCUGAUGCUGAUCACCUUCCUUUUCACCAUGGGCCCUGUGAACGAUUCCAUCCUUACUCCCCCAACCGGUUUCUCCUUUCUCUCAGCAUAUUACACCGCUACUGGAUCCAAGGCUGCAACCACCGGCCUGGCGUGCAUUAUCCUAGUCCUUGAAGUGUGCAGUGCCAUCAGUAUUCUCGCCACUUGCUCUCGCCAAACCUUUGCCUUCGCUCGUGACAAUGCUCUUCCUUUCUCCGACUUCUUUGCCAACGUUAACCCAAAAUCCAAGAUCCCCGUCAACGCUGUCCUUGCCACUACUUUGGUCACCAUCCUUCUCUCACUGAUCAACAUUGGCUCUACAGCCGCUUUCAACGCCAUUGCCUCUCUCACAGUCGGGUCCCUCUACGCAUCCUACGUGCUGAGCAUUGUUUGCUUCAUCUACCGCCGAAUGAGCGCUGAACCAUUGCCCGCACGACGAUUCAGCUUGGGCAGCUGGGGCAUGGGUCUCAACGUAUUUUCCGCCGCCUACCUCACUUUUGGCUUUGUCUUCACUUUCUUCCCAGGAAGCCGCAUGGUUACCCUCGAGACCAUGAACUGGUCUUCCCUCGUCUGGGGAGGCGUCAUUAUCUUUGCCAUCGUUCAGUACCUCAUGCACGGAAGAAAGGUGUACGAAGGUCCAGUUGCAUAUAUCCGCAAAAUGCAGUAA